GAAACAGUAAGCCUCGUUUUCGCGGGAGAUAUCAGUUUCUCGGAUCCAGUACGCACUGAUGUCCAUCGCAACUUUUACUGCUACAAAGACACUUUGAGUCAUGUGGCCCAGUACGUCAGAGAUGCGGACAUUUCCUUUGCAAACCUGGAGUCUCCCAUAGUUCCUAAGAAAUCGCUGGAAAAUAAAAAUGUGGGACCAAAAGUAAUUUUUCUCUACGCUGAAAAACAAAGUGUUUCAGCUUUAAGGUAGGUUAGGAGAAACAGUGGACAUUGUUUAUUUUCAUUUUUUUUCCUUUUCCUAGCAUCGGGGGGGAUCAACAACAUUCCUGCCUUAGAGAAAAAGACUUAUCAGUACCUUACCUGAUAAUAUAAUAGAGCGAUUUUACUUGACCCGUGAAACAGAUAAUAGACCUUGUCACGGUUUUCGACGCCAUCUUGACGAGUAGGCAAACGUGUGAAAAAUUACAGUGUUUGUAUGAGAAUCUAAUGUUGAAUAAUUUCCGUAAAACCGCUGUUCUGAAAAAAAAUAUCAAUUGUAAACUAAAGCUACAAAGCAAAAGAUUGUACUAAAAAAUUUGGGGGCGUGCCUGUGCUUAAAUUUCUCCGGGGGCUUGCUUUAGAUUUUCCAUAUAUUUGACUGUUUUAGCCUGCGUGGAAGCUCCCCAUUUGAGUACUCGAAUCGAGAGCUUCCGCUAACGCCGGCUAAGCGAGGGAAAGGCGAGACCCAGGGAAUUUCCCCGCGCAGAGGAUACUCUUUACCAAACGCUUGCCCCUGCGUGAGAUCGCUCUCCUUUCGUGCCGGAUAUUACAAUCAGAGAGCUGGCUUGAAGAGUACACAAGUUCUUUCGCAGGCUUGCGGGAUUUGAUGUCAUGACGAUAGCAAAUAAUCACCUUAAUGACUUUGGCGAGUUUCCCGUGAAUUAUACAGUAAACACUUUGAAAAAUGCUGGAAUAAAAGCUGUUGGUGCAACUUACGGACCCUUCAACUCUCAUCAGGUAAUUAAUAACUAUUGUAGCAUGCUGUAAAGUGAGCCUUUAAUAUUCAAACCUUUACUAAUUGUAAUAUUCGAGCAUAAUCAUUUCCAACGUAGAUGUUUAGAUAUAAGAAAUUUGGAUUUUUAAUUACACACAGUGAUUUGGAACUCGAGGAAAAUUGUACGUUAAUUGACACAAGAAUGUACUUAUUCAGGGAAAAUUUCAUCCCGUUCUAAGAUAUUUUCGAUUUGUUGAUUGAACCAGACUUGAGGGAACGAAUUUGAAAAUGAGAGGGCAGCACGGUAAGUAGUGUUGGUGGCACACUUAAAUUUAAUGGAUUAGAGGCCCACUCCUGAAGGGGGCACUGCUGCCCCCCCUCCCCACACCUCCCCCUAGCUAUUUCUACGGCCAUGUGAACAUCCACCGUAAUAGGAGAACCAGGGAAGGUUAACAAACCGGUUUGCGCCUGUUUUUUUCUUUUGAGUUUUGUAGGUUCCUGUCAUCCUAGAGAGAAAAUCGUUAAAGAUCGGGGUCUUAGCAUACUGUUUGACGCAUGGAGGAAAAACUGAUAAAGUUCAAAACUGCACUGAAGUUAGGAGUCUUUUCAAGGAAGGACCAGCUAUUUAUCGUAGAGAUGUUGCAAGAGUUGAUGUUGAAAGAUUAAAGGUAGGCCAGGAUUCCAGUUUUUAUCGCAGUAAGAACAUAAUUUAUGUAUGUCGGCGUAUAACGCAGUUUUUAGACAAGGGCCUAAUUUGUUCAAGGAAUGGCUAGAUUGCUCUUUGGAUUUGGCAAUGUUGUAAAUGAAAAACACUAUUACCGAUAUAUAGAGAGUAAAGGCAUCAAAAAUUAGGAAAACAUUAUCAAUUGACGCUUCAUGGUGUCUGCCUCAUAACAUUGUGAAGAAAGAGCAUAAUUUUUUCCCUUUAAAAGUCACGACAUAAAUGACUUCCUUGACCACGACACACUUCGGCCUAAACACUCCAUUUUCACACUAGUACUCUGUCAUUUUUCCACUCUUCUAUUUUUUUCUAUGAUUAAAAUCGUCUAUUUUAAUAUAAAUAUUUUUGAAUAAAACUAACCUAGAACAUAUAAAAAUAGGGUGAAAAAGGAAGACGCGUGCACUGUAUUUCCUCCAAGAGGUAUCUAUAUGCCCUUAAAUAUCUCUCCGUUGACUGGUCUGAUUUAGGCAAGAAAAGUUGACGUAAUUGUUAUUUUGAUGCACUGGGGCCGAGAAUACCGUCCUCGAAUGAAUGGCUUACAAAGGCGAAUAGCUACGUAUCUGACGUCACUCGGCGUGCAUGUCAUCAUUGGCUCUCAUCCGCACGUGAUGCAGCCGUACAGCUACCGCGACAAACGAUUUGUUGCUUACAGCUUAGGAAAUUUACUCUUCUCCCAUGAAUGGACUCCAGAAAAAUUUAGGGUAGGUUAUUGUCUCUUUCUCUUUUUCCUUUUCUUUCUGCACUGUAAUAUUCGCUUGAACUUACAACAUACAACAAUAGCCGAGGACAGCGGAGGAAGAUCAAGAGAACGAAAAUCAUUGGCUUUACACUUAGCCUCGCUUUAAAACAGAGGCUUCGGGCUACUCGGAAGUGGCCUUUUUUCUGGGGAGUGGGGGGUGGGGGGGAGUCAUCCAAAUGAGCGUGGUCCGAAUGAGAAAGGGUGGUCGAAAACCAUGAAUUCUGGAUAGAAACAGGGGAUUGAACGCAAUCAUGUUACAGUUGAAAACCUUACAGUCCAUUCAGCAACAAACCUUGAAACAAAUUGACUCAAAUUGUAGAUUUUGCCGUCGAGAAAACCCUCAAAAGUAUCGUAUAAAAGAGAUAAAAAUAGAAAAGUAUCAAGUUUUGCGGAAUUAAUGAGCAGGACAGCGUGCACUUUAAAGAUAUGAAAUUCGACGUUAAUUUUGUAAGUACUGAGAAUAGUGGUGAACUAAAAUGAACCAGGUAAAUUUAUUUUCCCGAUCGUCUCAAAGAGGGAAGGGGUGUCUUGAGCCACCCCAAAGACCACCCCCCCCGCCCCACCCAUCCCACGACCACCUGAGACCAGCGAACGACCAGACAAAGACGCAUACGAAAGAGAGUAUAAGACGACUCAGCAGAGAAUGGUGGACGCAUAGGAGAUCGAUAGCAAUUUAGUCGAAAGAAAAAACACCAAAAAAAUACAAAAAAAAAAAAAAAAAAAAAAAAAAAACAAUUUUUGGGGAAUUAAAGAAUAAUAAAUCGUUGUCUUUAAAAAAAUUAAAAUUGACGUUUAUUUUUUAAAUAUUUAAAAAAAGGGGGAAAAAAAAAUAAACAGGGUAAUUUUUUUUCCCCGCCCUUCCAAAAAGGGGAAGGGUGGUUUUGGCCCCCCCCACCCCCCCCCCCCCCCCCUACACCCUCUCCGCAAUCCCUGGUAGCAGUGUAGUUACAAAACAUUUGAAGUUAAGAGGUACGACUUAAUGCCUUACAAGUUACGUGGGAUUGUUUCCACGGCUGCAUUAUCCUUCACGUAGGUUAUGUUUCUACUUCUCAUUAAAUGCCUGAAAUUUAAGCCGUUAUUGGUGAAUCGUACGUUUAAUUCGAGCAGCUGCCGUUCUUUUCGAUGAAAGCCACAAGAAGCGGACGUCUUAUCCGUACUGAGGUUUCAAGGUUAGUGUAAUUAGUCCUAGUUUAGAAUACACCGAUUUAGCCGGCGUCACAUCACACCUGCGCAAUGUACAUGUAAGGUACAAGCUCCAUGGGUAAGCGCAGUGUUAUUUAGGGUGGAUCAGAAGCCAUAAUGCUGUUAAGGGUGGAUUCAUUUGCAACAUAUAUGCGUAGCCUUCAGAGUCCUUUAUUUGUAUUUAUUUUUUUAUUUUUUUCAUUGCUUUUAACCCUAAAAACAACAACAAAAGCAAACACCGGGCAAAUGCGACGGCUAUACGACUUACUUUUCCAAGUAAGUCUUUGCGUACACUAUACCGGUCAAGUAUGGAAAUCUGUUCACACGGCGCCAAAGAGAAACAGAAACCUAUCCGAUAUAUGACGAUCCACUUUCAAGGUCUAGCGCGACGCACGGGCUUUACGGAAACCUCGUUGAAAUCAUCGCGCUUAUGUGUGAACAGGACCACUAUCAGUUACGGUUUUCGAACCGGGGCAAGAGCUAUCUUGCAUAGUUCUUCACAAUAACUACGAUAAGGCGAGUUAAAACUAGCCUACAACAUAGGCGUUAUUUUGGGGUGUUUUCUAGGUGAGCGAAAGCAAGCCCGAAGUGAGCGGGAAGCGCUAGACACCCGCCACGGGGGAAGGCGCAAAAAAAUAGCUAAAUUUUUCUUUUUCUCCGCAGAGGCUUCCCCCAAGCGGAGGACGAUGAGAAGAGGGAAAAGGGGGGAACCUCUCUCCUUCGUUCGGCAUUCGAUUCUAUCGUCCUGGCCUCGGUUGUUCAAAAGAUGAAUAACGCUAUCCACUGGAUAAGUCUCUAUCCAGAGGAUAGCGCAAUCGUUUUUCGUAAUACUUAUCCACUCGAUAGUGAUUUAUCCAGUGGAUAGCGCUAUCCACGUUUGAACAACUGGAACCAGAGCCAUUUCCCUUCUUACUCUUACACUUACAUAAAAUUCCGUAGUCUCUCUUCAAAUUUCUGCUUUGCAAAUAUCUUUGUUUGUAAGUCGAAGUCUCUUCAAGUUAGAAAAAAAAAAAAGGAAACUGAGAGUGGCAUGAGAUCCGAAACCCAUCGCCUAUACCACUUCACCAUGGAAUACUCAACUGCCAAUAACCCUUUUGAUUUACUUAUACAUAUAGUGACAAACCUAAAACGAAAUUGAACAUUAACCAUUUCGAGUCAGUGCAUAUGCUAAUCACUGUAUAGUCAGUGCGCUUACUCCCAUACAGGGAAUUAUUUUGCGCAAACAUCAUAAGGUGUCCAAUGUGGUUCUGGACGAUGGAAUCCAAUCUCUAACCUCAUUUUUUUUCCUUUCCCUCCUUCCUCGCGCGAUUUCUUUCUCCCUUCUUCCCAACCUUACCAUGACAAAAGAGAGAGAGCGUGCUUACAUAGUGAGUUUGGGACGCCUGUGAUGAAGCUCACCCCUUCGUUUAUUUUCCUUGGGCUUUGGGAAAGUAAUUUUAGGCCGGCCUAUGCAACUGGGACCAGUGCUAUCUACUCACUAAACUAUUCUAAUUUUUUUUUUCUAUCCAGAAAAGGAGUCGUCCGAGUUCAGUAUCUUCCUUAUGAAAUAAGAAAAAACCCAACCAAUCAUUGUCUACAACCGAUACCAUUGAAUCAGGACGGAUGGAUUGACGUAUGCGGACAGACAGACACCAUGUGCUUGAAACACUGA